CACUUAUCAUUUGAGGUAAUUAUUUUGUUUGUUUUUUUUUAUUUUAAUACAAGCCUACAAAAGUAGGUACUUUUGUUUUAAAAACUUACUUCUUUUAAACAAACUUUGAAAAUGAGCCGCGAAUUCACGGAAGAGUUUAUAAAGUUAUAUGAAAGCGAGCCUUGUCUUUGGAAUGUAAAGUCAAAAGAAUACCAUGACAGGAAUAAAAAAGAUACAGCAUAUCGGAAACUGGUAAACAAACAACAAGAAAUCGAAUCAAACGCCACAAAAGACAGUGUAAUAAAAAAAAUUAACAACCUCAGAAGCGCUUACAGAAAAGAGAACAAAAAAAUAAAACAAUCCAUUAAGUCUGGUACGUCGGCUGACACUGUAUACAAACCAAAAUUGUGGUACUUUUCAUUGUUGAGUUUUCUGGGUGACCAAGAUACACCAAGAACUUCCCAUUCCAGUUUAGAAAACGAUUUUGAUAAUGACAACAGUAUUUUUGGAAACGACAGUGAUAAUGAAGAACAAACGCCCCAGGCUCUUGCAACUUCAAGUGCGGUAAGUGAGGAAAAUAUAUUUCAUGAUGAAGCACAAUCCAGUGAUCAGGAACGAACACCACUAAAUAUUUGUCGAAAAAAACAAAGAGUUGAAGUAGAAAAACAAGAAGGUUUAGCAAAUGAAGUGUUGCUGACUGUAAAAGAUCAUUUUAGAAAACCUGCCAUUAAAGAAGAUCGUUUUGACAUGAGUGGUAGAACUAUUGCCAUGAAACUACGAGACCUGCCUAAAGAUCAAAUGCUAUUUGCUGACAGGAUCAUAAAUGAGACUUUAUUCCUAGCAGAAAUGGGUAGCUUAACACUGAACCAUAGAGUUGUUAAUACGGCAACAGAAAUAGACGAAUGGUGAAUCGUCGGACGGCCAUACGUUUUACGCACCAAAACGGUAUAUGGUUUUGAGUGUACCAAACACUCGUCACUCGAUCUACAUUCUACACUAAUUAAUUUUUAAUCAUAUGUAUAUCAUUUAUUUUUUCAAUAUAUAUAAUAAAACUUUUAAACCUUCAAAAGACUUGACAUUCUUAGUGAAGAUAUUCUUAACAUAAUAGCUAAAACUUCGCGAAAAUUAGAUUUAAUAUUGUAAUUUUUUCUUUAUACCAAUGUUCAUACUUAAAAAAGUAGGUAUUUUACUUAAGUAGGUAUAACUAGUUUUCGUAAAAAAAUUUCGUAUGUUUAUUAAAAAAAAUGUUCUACUUUUCUAUAACUGAUUUUCAAAAACACCCCCCAAAACUUUUUCUGCGUACGUCCCUGGUCGUACUCAUGUAACGAGGUUUGAUGUUUGAAGUGUUUUGUCGCAUGCAAAACGUGUAACAAUCUUUCGUGUUCUACAAAUAAGUAAUAACAAUUGCUCUAUUGUAAUAUUCGUAAAUAAAUUAUAUGUAUUAUUAUUAUUUAUUACUCGAAAAAAAAUGUAAAUAAAAUAAUUUAUGUUAAAAAUGUUAGUUAAUUGAAUGCUAAAUAAACAUUGUAUUCAUUAUUUAAGCUAGAUAAUAUAUUAUAAAUUGGUUAGUAAAAUAAAAUAUAUACUAUAGUGUACCUUUAACAUAAUACAUCAAUACAAUAAUACGUAAUAUUUAUCAAUAAUAUAGAAUAAAAUAAUUAUUAUUACGAAAUGUUAGAACAUACAAAAAAACGUAAAUAUUGCGUUUUCUAGUUUACACGAGUGCUUACGCGCAGCCUAUGACCUAGCUAUGUAUAGAUUAUUAAAGCACGCCACAUCAAACAUUACAACGUGCGAGUGGAUUACACCGUGCACCUGUUUAAGCUACGAAUAUAAUUGCAUUGAAAUAUAACUUUAGUUGCCACACGC